UAUUUUGUUUUUCAGUCGUCGUAAAUUUUGAGUUCGAAAAAUAGACAAAAUUAUCGGUUGUGUUCUUUGCAACUUUCAAGAUUUACUUCAAAAUCUUGAAAGUUAAUUGAAAUAUUAAUUAACAUUAACUUAUGCACUGGGAAACAUACGGUAUAAUUGUUUAAUUGACAAGUUGCACAAUUAAAAAAUUUCGAUGGAGCCGCUGGAACCGUCUCUGAAAAAUGUAAUAGAUCAACAAACGUUGAAGUGGAUUUUUGUAGGAGGUAAAGGCGGUGUUGGUAAAACGACUUGCAGUUGUAGUUUAGCAGUGCAACUCACGAAAGUUCGAGAGUCCGUACUUAUCUUGUCAACAGAUCCAGCUCAUAAUAUUUCUGAUGCGUUCGGACAGAAGUUUUCGAAAGUUCCAACAAAGGUUAAGGGAUUUGAUAACCUCUUUGCGAUGGAAAUUGAUCCAAAUGUUGGUAUAAAUGAGCUGCCAGAUGAGUACUUUGAAUCAGAUAAUAAUGAGGCCUUGCGACUGAGUAAGAAUAUCAUGCAAGAGAUCGUAGGAGCUUUUCCAGGAAUUGAUGAGGCAAUGAGCUAUGCAGAAGUUAUGAAAUUGGUGAGAGGAAUGAAUUUCUCGGUGGUUGUGUUUGAUACAGCUCCUACUGGGCACACAUUGCGUCUUUUAUCAUUCCCUCAAGGCAUAGAGCGUGGUUUAGGCAAACUUAUGCGAUUGAAAUCCAAAGUGUCACCAUUUUUGUCACAGAUUAGCUCUAUAUUUGGGAUGAACGAGUUCAAUUCAGAUACGAUAACUGAAAAACUAGAGGAAAUGUUGAACAUUAUCCGACAUGUUAAUGACCAAUUUAGAAAUCCAGACCAAACUACUUUUGUUUGUGUAUGCAUAGCUGAAUUUCUAUCACUAUAUGAGACUGAAAGGUUAGUGCAAGAGUUAACAAAGUCGGGAAUAGAUACGCAUAAUAUAAUUGUAAAUCAGCUAUUGUUCAAAACUGCAGAGGACACUUGCAGAAUGUGCAGUUCCCGGUUCAAGCUUCAAGAAAAAUACCUAGACCAAAUAGCCGACUUGUAUGAAGAUUUGCAUGUUACAAAACUUCCACUUCUUGACAAUGAGGUAAGAGGCGUGGAGGAGGUACGAACAUUCUCUGAACAUCUAGUACACCCAUACAAACCUGGAGUAUAAUGUAUUGGACGAGUUUUACGCAAUAAAAUGUAU